AUGAAACACCAAGUAAUAUUCCUAUCAGCUCUAAUAUUGUUGCUCAGUUUUGUGGUCACCCAGGCUAAUUUAUUUGAAUGCGAUGAUAAAUUAGCCACAUCGGAUGCCACCAUCAUUGGCCCCAAAAUCCCGGGCAACAGUGAUGAAGAGCGAUCUGGCAACAAAGUCCGAGAUGUCCUCAAGGAAUGGAGUUGCAAACUGAAGAAGAGCACAGCAAAUCUGGGUGCCAAUGUCAAGGAGAAAACCAAACAAUGGUCCGAAAAUAUCCGUGAAGGUUUCCAAAAACUCAAAGAGAAAUCCAAAGAUUUGCAAAAGAAACUGCAAACCAAAUAUAAUGAUUUGAAGGAUAAUCUGAAGAAGGAUUCGGUCGAAUCAAUGGAAAUUGGCGAAAAGAAAUUGUUAUUUAAACCGGAUGAAGUCAUUGACACCGAUGUUGUGAUAAUCGACCAGAAGUGUGGCAAUGGCUUUAUUCUGGAUGCCUUGGGUAAUUGCAAGAAAUUUCGCGAGUUUGCCGAGAUCAUUAAUUAA